CUUUUAUAAAAUAAUGAGUCUCACUAAUAAAGAAUAGUUUUUUUUACACUUAUUUAAGGCGAGGUCCACUUUUUUACAAAAGCUUGUAUGAAGCUUGUCUAUUUGGAGCUUGUACAAAUUAUUUCUCAUUAGAAAAAGAAACUAUAUGUGAGGAGUAAUCCCUAUGGCCGAGCCGGGCCGGGCCGGGCCGGGCCGGGCUAAGAGGGUCCAGGAAGGGAAGCAAUCAGGCAAUGCACACUGAUUAAAGGUAUGGGUGGGCAACGGGGGCCCUCGCUGACCCGUCCCCGACCGCUCCGCCCCCAUGAGGCGGGGCAGAUUACCCCGUCCGUCGCUGCAGGGGGACCCCACCCGCAUAUGAGGCUUCAAGUGGAGGCGAGAGCAGGAUUGGGUGGAACCCCACCCCUCUCCGUUUAUAAUAUAUAUGUAUAUAAACAGAACCGCUUCUAAGCGGUUAGUCCGAUAACUCUUGUAUAACAGCCCUCCACUCAGCUCUUGACACCUCAGCAAAUGCAGUAAUCUCACGAUAGACUCGUGCGCAUGGGAUAGAAGGGGCAAAAACUUCAACUCAGCAUACACAUUUGUGCUUCCGUCAAAAUUCGCGACCGUGUGCUUCCAUGCCGAGGAGGCCUCCACCGCCACCAGUCCACCACCACGUCCAGAGGCAACCGCCACCAGUGUCCUCCUUAGCUGAUUUCACCCAACUCGAUUUCUCCCGAUUUCGGCCCACGAGUUCUUUGCCCACUACACAAGCGUAGACCGCCCCACUCCACCGCAACUGGUCAGUUGCCCACCCUAGGCUUCUUCUGUUUUGUUGGGUUGAAUCCCUUCACUCUGUUCUAGCCAUCACCAUCAUUGUGCAUCUCGUACAGCCUUUACUCACUCUCCAUACCCAUCUCCUCUCUCUCUCUCUCUCUCUCUCUCUCACAGUAGCUCCGUCUGAUCUCUCUCUCUCUGAGUCUCUUGUUCACAUUCUUUUAUCUUCUGGGUUUGGUAAAAAAGCUUGAAAAUUUGAGUCCCAACAUUCAAAAUUGAAACUUUUAUCUGUGCUCUCUGUUUGGUGUUCUGUUUCUCGUCUGAGUCUUUCCGUUGUUGUUAAUUCAAAAUGACUGUGGAGAACCGUAGAGCUGGUGUGGUGGGUGAAGAUAUGGACCAGGACAAAUUCCCGGCGGGUACACGUGUUCUUGUUGUGGAUGACAAUCCAACUUGCCUAAAACUUUUGAACACCUUGCUUCGAAAAUGCCAGUAUCAAGUUACAACGACCAAUCAGGUUGUUAUGGCAUUGAAAAUGUUGAGCGAGAACAGAAACAAGUUUGACCUGGUUAUCAGUGAGGUGAAUAUGCCAGACAUGGAUGGUUUUAAGCUCCUUGAGCUUAUGAGGCUUGAAAAUGGGGAUGCAAACCAGAGAGGAUCUAAUGCUAUUCAGCUCAGCAAUUCAUCCAUAUAACCGCUUACGUGUCACCACCUGAUUGGUGGGCUAUUAUCUCCAAAUAAUCAGCCCGACCGGUGUGCAGGUUUUCUCAUAU